UCUCGGAAGGGAGCGCGCGCUGCUCGUGAUGGUGGUGGUGUGAAUGUGCAUAGCGUGACUCGGUGGCCCAAUCUCGGAUGACAACUCUUUUGUUAUCUGGUGAAUGCUUCCUCUGUUGGCGAGGUGUGUCCCGUUAUUAGACAUGCCGGGUGAUCUGAAAAAAUAACGGGGCUGUCUUCUGUCAUUGUUUGCGAUAUGUACUGUAUUUGAGGACUUUUUUUGGAUUGUACGUCUAGUUUUUGUACCAUUGACACUUAGACAAACGGACAAUGUCACACCACAGUGAUGAUGCUCUGCUCAUAGUGGGUAGCGAUAGCUUCUGGGAGCCCGGAAAUUAUAAAAGAACUACAAAAAGGGUCGAAGACAGUUUUCGAUUGUGCAACGAUCUCAUUUUAUUAAUUCAAGAAAGGAGUGAAAUAGAAAAAACUUACGCAAAAAGUUUACGGAACUGGUCAAAAAAGUGGAAUGAAAUCAUAGAAAAAGGUCCAGAAUAUGGUACAACAGAAGCUGCCUGGAAGGCAGUUCUCAUCGAAGCAGAUCGAAGAUGUGACAUGCAUCUUAGAAUCAAAGAUCAACUGCUAAAUGAUGUAAUAACACAAAUCAAACAGUGGCAAAAAGACAAUUUUCAUAAAUCUAUGAUGCAACUAAAAGAAAAGAAAGAAAUGGAAGAUAGCUUUAAAAAGGCACAAAAACCUUGGUCAAAACUAUUAGCACGAGUCAAUAAAGCUAAGGCAGACUAUCAUCAAGCUUGCAAAAAUGAACGAUCUGCAGUUAAUCAAGAAAGAAAUGCUUCGGCUGAUACUUCUUUAUCUCCUGACCAGGUUACAAAAUUACAAGAUAGAGUCACUAAAUGCAAAUAUGAAGCACAACGAGCAAAAGAACGAUAUGAGCAAGCAUUAGAAGAAAUAAACGACUACAAUGCGAAAUACAUGGAAGAUAUGACUGUUGUUUUUGAUAAGUGCCAAGAAUUUGAAGAAAAAAGACUAGACUUUUUCAAAGAAAUGCUGUUUGCGAUACAUAGGUGCCUUAAUAUUUCAACUGACGCUGAGCUUCCACAAAUUUAUGAAGAAUACAGGCACAGUAUACAAAAUGCAGAUGCUAAGAAAGAUUUGAAAUGGUGGUCAAAUAACCAUGGUGUAGGAAUGCCAAUGAACUGGCCCCAGUUUGAAGAUUAUUGUGAAGAGUUCCGUGAUAUUGGCAAACUUAAAAAAGGAGCUGUGCCCGAAAGUGGAAUCCUCUUGGUCAACCAACAAAAAAUCGGGGAGGAUCUGCCUGAAUUUACAUCUGAAUCGCAAAAUGUUUCUAAAAAAGAAAAACGAGGCACCCUUAGCAACGAUGGAGUAAAAAUGCGACCCGAAAAGAGCAAACCAUCUUCAAACAGAAAUUCAGCUAUCAACUUCCAAAAGCUACCAAACAAUCCUUUUGAAGUUGGUGAUAAUGAAGCUUUUGAAGACAAAAACACAAAUGGGAAACAAGAACAAAAUCCUUUCGAUGAUGACCAAGACCAAGAAGAAUGGGAUGAAGGUUCUAAUGAGGCAUUAGUAGAUACAGGAGAGCCUGGAGUUCCAGUCAGAGCACUUUAUGAUUAUGAAGGAGCAGAAGAUGAUGAGUUAUCUUUUAAAAAUGGCGAAGUGUUUGAAAAGUUAGAAGACGAAGAUGAGCAAGGAUGGUGCAAAGGUCGGAAAGAUGGCAAAGUUGGACUCUAUCCAGCUAGUUAUGUAGAAGUAAUUGCAAAGUGAAACCCCUAAAAUUCGGAUAGUAUGAUCCCUAUGGGAUCUGCCACACCUGUAAUUUGCUGUACAAAAGCACAAUGUAAUUUUGUCCCUGCAUUAACAUUUGCCAGCUAUAAAUGGUGUUGUGUGCAAUUACGAAGUCACUGAACUGGAAGGACAGUACAGAGAAAAUGCAUGGAUGCUGCAGUGCAUAUAAUAAGUGUAUAUUGACUCCUCUAUUUUGUUUGAAAGAAAUUCUCACUUAUAAUAGAAUUCGACCCUCCAUAAUAGAUAAUACCACUUCUGAAGAUGUUUAAACUCCAAAUGCUUGAAGACUUUAAAAAGUUAUUCAGAUGUUGCAUAUGUGCUUCCAAGCAAUAGUCUAAUAAGAAAUACAAAUAAUCCACAAUUCAAAUGUUAAUAAAAUAUAAAUAUUUUUUCAGAGCCAGCUUUUGGGAAGGAAGUUUUACAAAGGCAAAUAUAGAAAAUGGAUUUUAUCAAAUUGUAUGCCAUGUUAAAGUUGCACAUAGUUUUUAUUUCUUUGGCCUGCUAUUCAAAGAGAGAUCUAUUUUGUAACAUUUUUGUAUUUAAUUUACAUUGUAAUUAUGAAGAAGUUAAAUUUUCUAUAGUUAUCUGAGAAAGGGGGCUGUAUCCUGUAAAAUGCCAUAUGUAAAUGUAUAGUAGAUUUAGAAUUGAAAGAUGUAACUACAUUGAAUUCUAUAAGCAUCUAGGAUGCUGUUUUUUAAAGAUUAAUUUCCCAUCAUAAGCAAUUUAUGUUUAAGCUAAUCAACAGGUGUUUGCUUUUUUAAAAUCAAUGAAAAAUUAUUUGCGAGUAAGAGCUAUUGUUAUAAAUAAAUAAUUUUUUUGUCAUUUCAGUUACGGAGAAGUUCUGUGACAAAGCCAUAAUUUCUCUUAUAUUUGGUAUAUAUGCUAUUUUUGCUUACAAGAUUUUUGGGUUAAAUUAAAAAAUGUACAUAAACUGUUGUUUAUAUUAAAUUACUCAAUAUGUAAUAAUAACUGUAAUUAAAAUAUAUUUGUUCACUUAUUAAAAUUGCAAGGGGAAAAAUAUGAAUGAUAAUAUGCUAUAUUUGUUAACUGUGGGGUUCAUCAUAUAACAGAUUCAUCUUUAUUAUCUAGACAGCAUUCUUAAAUGCAGUGAACAAAAAAGUGAGAUGAUUAAUUCUUCAUACUACAGAUGAAGGUUAAGAGAGAUGUGUGUAAUAGAUUUUUCAUGAAUAUAUUACAAUAUUUUAUAAUUAUUCAAAAGUGAGGACACAUUUUAUUUUAAAUAUACAUGCGACGUUUUAAAUAUAAAUUGUUAAAUUUAGCAAGUGACAAUCUGAAAUUAUAGAACUUGUAUAUGAACUAUUUAUUUAUCUACUAUAUUUUUAUGAUUCUUUGCUUUUUUUUUUAUUUUAUUCUAUGUUGUUUGUUAAUAAAUUUCUGAACUUUUCCAUGUGAGAUCCCCCCCUCCAAGUCUAUAGAAUAUGUGAAGUUGCAGAACUGUAAUAAAUAUCAGAUAUGCAGACUAAUAUUAGAUUAUAUGUGUUAUGUGCACAAGUUUAGUAUUUAAUUAUUUUUUUGUACAUUGUACUUAACUAAUAGUUUUGUGAAAUUGUCAAGAGAAUUUUGAUAAUUUUAAUAGCAAUUUUUUCACACUGCAAUCAGUUUUGUUGUAUAUAAUUAACAGUGUUUAAUUAAAUGUGAAUUCACUUGUAAAUUGAAGCAUUUUUUUUCAUUAAUGUUGACUUUUGUUUGCUUGGUGAGGACGAGGAUAAGGAUAGAAAUUGUUGUUUGAUAAUAAAUGGAUUUUCGUCAUUCA